AAGAUUGAAGAAAUGUAAUCUGAACGGGAAAUUAACAUAACUUUCUGCAAAAAAUAUGCAUUAUUCCAGUACAACUGUGUACACAUAUCAUCGAGGCAAAUCAAUUUAAAAUUUUCACCAGGUGUAAUGUUUUCCAGAGUAAUAAUCAAGCGUUCGGUCAUCGCUAAAGGUUGUAACAUUAGACUUUGUAGAUCAUUACGUGAAUCACCCUCCAAAAAAAUCGAAGAGAACACAAAGGAUUCCGAUAAAUCAGUGGAAUUAUCUGGGUCAGAGUGUGAUGAUUAUUUAGGUGUAAAUUUAUCUAUCCUAGAGCAUGUAGAAGAUAAAGUUGUUUCAGAGGAAAUUCAGAAUGAACAGACGAAAGAAGAAUUGUCACGUACGUAUGGUAUAGGGGUGUAUACUAAACCUCAUGCAUACGAUUCUCAGGUUCUUGAAACUAACUUUGGAAGCAUUAAGGUAGAUAGGGUGAGAAAGGGAUUAAUUCCUUUGAAGAAAGAUUUUUCCAAUUUGAAGCCAACACUGGGUUCGAUAGCUGAUACAUUGAUAAACUAUCGUAAAAAGGUAGAUAAGAAAAUAUCACCUCAUUCUGUUUCUCAGUUACUGUUAAAUCAAAAAGAGCAUGAUGAUGAAAAUGAUAGUUCAAUCAACAAAACAACAAAAUUAGAGAAUCAAGAUCAACACAAGAAUGGAACUGAACUUCAGUCUGGAACAACAAACAUGCUGGAAACAACUAUGCCACAUCAUAAAACUAGUAAACAUGUUCAGGAAAUUACAGUUGAAGGAAAUGAAACUUUAGGCUUUCAGGUACCUAUGCAUCAGGGACCUAGCAAUUUAACCCACAAAGAAAGUGAUCAAUUAUUAACUCAAGCAGAGGGUGUUAAUGAAGAAAUCACAACUAAAGAAGAUUUAGAUACCAUCAGCACAAUUUCAAAGUCUAUAUAUGAAAAACCAGUUUUUGAUAAGUUGCAUCAAGUUCAUGAACAAAGAAUACUGCAGAUGAAUGCAUCAGAUACAGCAAAGAAUACAGAGGUUAAAAAAAUAUCAGUUGGAACUGAAACUUUAUCAUUAAAUGGUAAAAGUACAAAGGAAAGAAAUGCAAAAUUUGCAUCAAAACAUUUGAAAGGUUUAUUAAGGGAAGAUGUUACAUUGAGUGAAACAAAUUUACACUGUAGAACUUCAGAAUCUGAGAAACUGCUUUCAAAGAGCACAUUAGAACAAGUAGUGAAAAUUGGACCAUUGAAACACCCAGGAGAUGGUUUCUUGGAAUCUUGUGAAAAUAGAAUAGAUCAGCCAUUGCCUUUAAUGCUGGAAAAAGAAACUGAUAUUUCACAAGAGAUGGGGAACUCUGUUCCUGAAAGAGUUGUGCCAAUGUCAGAAUUGAAUUCGUGCCAAGAGACACCAAUGGUUGAGAAUGCAGCAUAUAAAUAUUUUUUGGAUCUUCAAAGACAAGAAGAAGUGCCAACAAUUGACAAGAAAUCUACAGCUAAUUUAAGCAAGUAUCUCCCCAAAAACCUAGACAAGCUGACAGAGGAGGAGGUAUUGGAAGAACUGAUGGAGAAUGUUAUUUACAAUAGAGAUGAUAUUCUUGCUAUCAACAAGAUUUAUGGAAUACCUUCACAAGGAGGGGAGGGAGUGAGACUGAACAUUGCAGACCUUUUACCAAAACUGGCUGAGAGGAUUCAAUGUAAAGAACUCCAUAUGGUCCACAGACUAGACAAAGAGACUACAGGAAUUAUGCUGUUUGGCAAAACUGAGGAAAUGGCCAAUAAACUGAGGAAAGCAUUUAAAAAGAGAGAAGUAAAGAAGACUUAUCUUGUUAUCACAAAGGGAAUUCCAUCUCUCAAAGAAGGUAUUAUUGAUGUACCUAUAAUGGAGGGAGAGGUUGGAAAAGACAAGAGGAAAAGGAUGACGUGCAUCCCUGUUUAUGACUCUGAGACAAAGCAUGUCAUGCACAAAACCAAAAAGAAGCUAAUGCCUGCCAUCACUCAUUAUAAAGUAGUAGCAAACAGUAACAGUUGUGCUCUGCUGGAAGUUAGUCCUGAAACAGGUGUGAAGCAUCAGAUAAGAACUCAUCUCUUUCAUGUCCUGAAUACACCAUUACUGGGGGACCAUAAGUAUUCUUACCUGACUGAAAUCAAACCACAGAUUUUGCCUAGCGAUGUUGUACAGAGACUUGAGAUCAGACAAAGUAAAGCCAGGAACCUGCCCAUGUAUAUCCAUGCUAAAUUCAUCAUGAUUCCAGAAUUUCUUGAUGGCAGAAGUUUUUCAGUCCAUUGUAGUGUGCCUAGGGCAUUUAGAUCCUUUUUGAAAAAGGUCAAAAUUUCUCAUAAAAAUGUGGAUGAACAUGUUUAAAAUUGAAAUAAUCAUACUACUUAGUGUGUCUUUUGAUUCUUCAGUUGCAUUUUGGGAAAAUAAGUAGUACAUAUAGAUGUAAAGUAUAUAUGUGCAUUUGUUGGUUAGUGUGUACAGAUAUCUGUAUGCAUAGGACAUGUGA